AUGAUAACAAUUAUCUCCAGGAUAGUAGUGGCACGGGAUAUACUUUCAUCUCGUUUACACAAUGAGUUGAGAUACAUAACUGGAAGAAGUAAGCUGAAGCCACAAAACUCAACACAGAGGAGAACAUUAUCAGAUGAAGCAUAUGAAGAAGUACUAAGCGACGUAUUUGACGAUUAUCUAUCUCCAGACAUGUUAGCUAAUAAAUCAAGUCACGGAGCUCCACCCUUGUAUCAAGCUGAACCUGCGUGUCGUUGCUGUGCAUGUAGUAGAGCAUUUUCAAGAUUAUUGGCUCAAGAAACAGUCCUCAAUGAAUGUGAACAGAAAAGUGAAGAAUUAACAGAAGUUAUAACAGAGAAUGCUGAAUCUGAAAGAUCAUCAGUGACAGCAAAUUAG